AUGGGCAGUACUUCAUUCUGUGACACCUCAUUUUCUAAAAUGUCGGGUGAGGGGAACCAGCGUUUUUUGAAAUCUAUUAUGAAAAGAUCUUAUAAUUUUCAUGACAAUAAAUCUUUUAACGAUCCCUAUUCAGAUAUGAGUGCUUUUGUCACAUCUGAAAUUGAUGAAACAAAUACCAAAAAAUAUCAGUUUCAAUUUACUGAUAAUAUUAAAUCUAGAGGAUGUAUUAGAUUAUUAGUUAUUAUUUUGACAGUAAUCUUUUCAUUUAUUCUUAUCAUUUCAUCACCAACUAUGGCAAUUAUUCCAUAUAUUUUAAAUUAUAUUGAUCCAACUAAUUUUUCUGAACCAAUUUGUGGAAUUCAAUGCAAUGGAUAUGCUAUUAAUAUAAUGUUAAAGACAGUACUUUUAACAAUUGCAGUUUUUGUUUUUUAUUGUUAUUCACCUUCACAUUUGUUACCACGUCUGGACAAAAUUCGUACCUCACUUGGAAUUUUUGUUGUUUUUAUACUUUUUUCUUUUUGGAUAUUUUACUACUUUAGAGUAAUAAUAGAUAAUGUUGAAAAUUAUGAUGGAAUCCUUAGUUAUUCAGUAUCUUUACUAGAUGUUUUAUUAUAUACACAUUAUAUAUCCUUAGUUUUAAUAUAUUUUAAAAGAAUUGAAAAAAAAUUUGUUAUAUCAGUUACAAGAGAUAUUGAUGGUGAGGAACAUAUUCUCAAUUUAGGUAAUAUGACAAUUCAGGAGGCUGCUGUUGAAAUUGGAAAUUAUUAUGUUACAAAUUUUUCUUCUUUUAAUGAUUCAUUUUAUCGUAGUAAGGCAAAUUUUAAAUUCAGAAAGCCUGAUUGUAAUCCAAUGUUUAAAGUUUAUGAUGUAGAAAGUGGAACAAAUGACAAUGCAAUAUCAAUUCCUAAAGGAAAUGUUUCUGCUGUCGUUCAGGCAGCAGUAAUGAGAAAAGAUGGAAAUUUAACUUAUGAGGAAAUGGAUGCUAUGGAGCGAUUUGAUUGUAAAAUAAAAAGAUAUAAACAUACAUUAGAGCGUGUCACAGAAGAGGCAUUUUCAACAAUAGAAUCAUUUAGAUACAGUGAACGACAGAAUUGUGGAAGUGAUUCUACGAUGGAUGAUUAUAAUGCUUCAAAGACAAUCUUAUCUAUAAUUUCAAGACCACUUCAAAAAUAUUUAAGACUAACAAAAAAACAAAGUUUAUUCCAAAAAGAAGUAAAUUUAGUUAACCUUCAAAGGUGCCUACGUUAUAAUCUUUCAUCAAAAUCAUUCUUAAAAUCAUUUUUUUCAAAGAUAUAUCCAGAUCGUUUUGUGAUGAAAAGCUAUAGAUGGUCAAUCAUAUCUGACAAUAUUGUCACUGAUUCUAUUUCUGAAGGAUUAACUUUUCUACUUAAAACUCAAAUGUACAAUUCUGAUAAAGAUGUAAAAUUAUAUUGCCAAGUAUUAAAAGUCCCAUUUGUAAAUUUAUCUGAAGUUUGUUAUUAA